AAGAAAAAUAUAUAAAAAUAAAAACAAAAUUAGAAACAAACGCAUGCACCCCCUCUCCUCUCCUCUCCUCUCCUCUCCGUAAAUCUCCUUCGUCCUUUCUAGAUCCCUCUCUCCUCUGCUUUAGCUUGUUAGGGUUUUUGAUCUCUAAAGCAUCUCUCUCUCUCUCUCUCUCUCUCUCUAGCUUUAGGUUUCUGUUAUACAAAUCUCGUCUCUCUCAAUGUCCACUUCGCCGGCGAAUUUGAAGUGUUUCUCUUCUUCUCCUCACACGCUUGGACCUCAAGUCUCUGCCAUCACUGAUGUGGACCCAUCAUCGGCGGAGGCGCCGCCCGUCUCCAACCGAACCGUGGCGUCGCGAUCGUCUCGCCAGCCGCGUCUCUCCUUCUCCUCGCUCGCACCGUCGUCCGACCGCGAUCACCCGAAGAAGGUGAAACCCGAGGAGAAUCCGCCGCGUAGAGAGGAAGCUCCGGCGUCGGCGGAGGAGGAGAGGACGUGGAACCUGCGGCCGAGGAAAGCUUCCGGCGGUUCGAAGAAGGGAAACAACGGCGCGGUCCCCGCGGAGGCCUGCGGCGGCGGUGGAGGAGGAGGAGGAGCUUCGUCGGAGGCGAAGAAUCAGAAACCGAUCGCGGCGGCGGCGGAGGCGAAAUCGAACAGGCAGAGAGGGAUCCCGGCGGAGUCUCCCGGAUUAGGCGGCGGCGGCGGGGGGAUUGAGGCGGCGAAGAGCGAGAAUCACAGGCUCUGGGUGGCUCUUUCCCGCGACGAGAUCGAGGAGGACGUGUUCAGCAUGAGCGGGAACAGGCCAUCUCGUCGACCGCGAAAGAGGACCAAGACUUUGCAGAAACAUCUCGAUGUUAUCUUCCCUGGGUUGUGUCUUGUUGGGAUGAAUGCUGAUUGCUUCAGAGUUACCACUUCUCCCUCUAAGCGAUGAUCGGCCCAUAAACAUGUCGACAAAAGUUGGGAACUUGUUUCUGGUUUGUUGCAGGGUAGAUAGCUGGGGACAUGGUCUAGAAUCCACAACACACAACAGUAAAAGAUAGGAAGACGAAAUAUCUCAAGAGACAUUUGUCUUGUCUCAUAUCAAACUUAGUUGGAACAAAGUUAUAUAUAAGUAAAUAUGGGUAAGUUUCAUAAACUAUUUAUAAAGAGAGAGGGUGGUUGGUUCGAUUUUGAGUUAUCCAUAAUGAAAUACAGAAAAUCGGUUAGUGUGAUGAUGCUUGCUUUGUGUAGUUAAACUAAAUCUCAUGGUGGAGUAAAUUUUACAUUUCUUUGUGUU